AUGGCGCACAACGGCAAGGCACUCACAGGGCGCUACAAUGCCACGCCCACCUAUGGCUUCGACAACGAGCAGAACUACUGCUUGGAAAGGGGCUCCUGCAUAUUUAAUUCCCAACAGUUGCCGUCUCCAAUGCCCCCUUCACCAUACGCCUUGGCACGCGUGAGCAGCACACGCAACUUCGAGCUCGAGAACCACACACCGCCGGCAUGUCCCGGCUCUGGACCCAUUGCCAUGACGAACGGCACCAUCCAGUUGCGCCUCCGCGAUGGCGUGCGGCGUGCGCUCUCAUCUACCUGGUGGACACAGCCGGGACGCGCACCACAACCGACACUCACCGAUCUGACCAAGGACUACACCCUGGCAGUGUUCUAUGACGACUCGCGGCAUGGUCCCUCUUAUAUGGCUGAAGCCCAUGACGUGAUUGCCAAUUCAGCUUACACCUGUACCGAGGAUGGCACUGAGAUCUAUGACAUAAACGGAUUUCGCAUCACCCAGGCAGCCGAUGGCCUGGUGAAGGUCACUCGUGUGGACAACAAGUGCUUGAUUCGCACCAGUCCCGGAAAUGGAUCGGCCACUUUGACCACACCUGGCAUCCAUUGCACUGCCUCUCUGGGCAAGACCUCGCAUCUGUUUGUUCGUCGCAAUGAGAAGCGCAUGCACUUCGAUGGAUCCUGUUUCAUUGUACGCAACGCCGGACACUCCGCCGGCUUCAAUGAGAACAACCUGCUCAUUGUCUACUGAGCGGCGUUCGUAGUCCGGAGUUAGAAACGGUGCAGUGG